AUGCCUGACAUUCACAACGUUGCCAUCAUCGGCUGUGGGUCGAUUGGUGCGUCUUGGGCGGCACUGUUCCUGGCCCAAGGACUCUCCGUUGUCGCCUUCGACAUCAAUCCAGCCGCCGAGACUUUCCUCCGCAAUCUGGUUACCGACGCACUGCCAGUUCUCUCGUCAUUGGGGUUGACGAAGGAAUCGGAUGUCAAAGCGACUGAUAUCACAUUUACAACCGACAUGCGCGAAGCCCUCAAGGAUGCCGACUUCGUACAAGAAAAUGGGCCAGAAAAGCUUGAUUUCAAGCGAAAGCUAUUCAUGGAAAUGGCCGAAAUCAUCCGACCCGAUACUAUCAUCGCAACGAGUAGUAGCGGUCUGACAUGCUCGAGUAUUCAAGAGGGCAUGGGUCCCUCCGGGAGGCCGGAGCGCUGCGUGGUGGGCCACCCUUUCAACCCCCCGCAUCUCAUUCCCCUUGUCGAAGUUGUGGGUGGGGACAAAACUUCCGCAUCGACUGUGCAAAAGACGAUGGAUUUCUACGAGCGCAUGGGGAAGAAGCCGGUGCAUGUCAAGAAAGAGGUUGUGGGCCACGUUGCCAACCGACUACAAGCCGCGUUAGUAAGAGAGGUCAUGUAUCUUCUCCAGGAGGACAUUGUCAAUGUAGAAGACAUCGACAAAGCUAUGAGCUUUGGGCCAGGCCUUCGGUGGGGUGUCAUGGGUCCCAGCAUGUUGCUUCACUUGGGGGGCGGCGAAGGCGGGAUCAAGCAUAUGGCGGACCAUCUCUUAGGUCCCCUUAUGACUUGGUAUGCGCCCAAAGACCCUGAAGUGACAGAUGAGUUGAAGCAAAAGUGGGUGGAAGGAACAAUGAACGAAGUUGCUGGGAGGGAGUAUCGGCAGUUGGCUAAGCAGCGUGACGAGGAACUCGUCAGAUUGCUAAACAUUCGGAAAGAGUGGGAUGAUUAUGCGUCAACCGACAAGCAGUCAUAG